GAAGAAGGGUAAAGCAGUAAGAGGAGAGGCAAACGUGGGCAUGAGAUCUGCAUUGGCUUUCGCUCAUUGUUUCUCCAAGUAAGUAAGAGGAGCGGGAAAACGUUUUUUUCCCCCUUUCUUUCUUUCUAAAAGAAGGAAGGAGGGUGGACAGGGGCUUCAAGGAUCGAAUGGAUGGACAACAGAGUUCCUCGACCCGAGCCUUGAAUGGCCUGCGGGACCGACGCACUCUUGCAGGUGACCUGCAUCCAGCAGCCACGCUAGGCUGCUCACUGCCAGCAGCUUGUGUUUGAGCAGCCAUGCUUCCCUGGUAUGGAUCUCCUUUUCCUGAUUUCCAGGCCCACCAACACACGUUGCACUGCAGAGGAGACUGUCUCAGCAUGUGGCUCCCCGGGCCGGGCGAAUCAGCGGAUUUGAUCACAGAGCCCCAGGAUGACAAGCUUCUCUCCCACCAGUGUCCCCACAAACAUGUGGCUGUGUGCCAGCAGGAGACCUUGGCCUUCAUCAAUCAUCAGCCCCUAGCAAGUGCUAAACUAAAUGGACACGGUUCUUCGUAUGAACAACAUUGUGCCACUCAAACCCUAGCCAUUGACACCUUCGAAAACCCACAAAGUGAGCUGAUUGACUGGGCACACAACUACCUCGGAACAUGCAAGGAAGAUGAUCCGAUAAUUUCAAAUUGUUGUCUGACGAGCAUGGGCGACGUCAAGUGUUCAUCUCCGCUAGAUAAGACUGAUGGAGGAGUACAAAAUGUUGCAUCAGUAUUUCGUCCUCACCAUGUACCUCCUAGUCUCCCUUUGGCCUUGCCACUCUCCACGCUUCAUGCGAACAGAGACUCCUGGGACUCCCAGAUACCUUGCACGCCAUCCCCACCUGAGGGUUCAGAGUUUCAAAGCUUCGAUUUCUACCUGCCGCAGCGGCGGACAUCUCAAAGUUCGCUUAAAGAAAAGUCCAUCCGCCGUAAGAUGCAGGUUUAUUCUCCAGACAGCCUCAGUGAUGACUCUCUCAGCAGUCCUGUCCUGGAUACUGACUUCCUUUUCCCUGGAACUCUCACACCUUUCCUGGGUGAAGACCUCAGUGGGCAAUCCUCACAAGAGACAAAUACCAGUUCUUCAUCUACAGAUGCUACCCCGGACCUCAAGAACCUCAGCCCAGAUGAUAUUCUCCAAGUACCAACAGAACGGCUGCAGAUUUUUGAGGACUCACUACCAGGCGUGAGAGAAGACAGUUUGGACACAUCAAUGGUUACAACGGGGGGCAGCAUCAUGCCACGCAGUCGUCAGGUAGACCACGAGCGUCGACGCUUCUCAGCCUCAGAACUGAUUUCUAGACUCCAGCUGUCCCAAAGGAAGAAUUCCUUCACAUUGAAGCUGGGAAAGUCACUGUCGGCUCGAGUCGCCUCCAGGGACCGACAGAAUUCAAGCAGUCUGAGCCCAGACUAUAAGCCCAACUCAAAGCAACGGGGUUCAGGAGUCUACAGUGAUAGCGCCCCCCACAGUCCUGUAGGACCUGCACCACCACUGCCUAGCAGUGACAAUGGAGUGGGAACACAUUGGUGGAGCACCAAGCUCGGAAUUAGAAAGAAGUCCAUUGACGAAGAUUCCUGCACAGCGCCUGCUGUCGCUUGCUCCAAUCGUCUAUCAAGGUUCUUGCCGAGUUCAAUCCUGUAUCAAGAAUACAGCGACGUAGCCAUUAACAGGGAGAUCCAAAGGCAACAGGGCAAAGAGUUGGGCACCGAGGAGGAGGGCCUUAGGGACGAGGGUUCUGACGGGACCCUGUCUCCAUCCAGUCUAUCUCCUUCCAGUUCCUUUUGCUCAUCACGAGGUUCCGCUUUUGCUCUAUGGCAGGAUAUCCCGGAUGUGCGCUCUAGUGGUCAGCUAGACAGCUUCAGCAAUGAGCAGAGAAAAUUACAAGAGGCCAAAUUUGAGCUUGUGACAUCUGAGGCCUCAUACAUACGAAGUUUGACAAUUGCUGUGGAUCACUUCAUGCUGUCACAGGAGCUCUCCGAAUGUCUUGGUGCUCAGGAUAAACAGUGGCUCUUCUCCAAGCUGCCUGAAGUCAAAGAUGUCAGUGAGAGGUUCCUUCAAGACUUGGAGCACAGGCUGGAGCAAGACAUCCUGCGCUUUGACGUGUGUGACAUCGUUCUUGAUCACUGCCCGGCUCUGCGCCGGGUCUACUUACCUUAUGUAACAAACCAGGCUUACCAAGAGCAGACCUAUCAGCGUCUCUUGCAGGAGAAGGCUCGCUUCUCCACCACCUUGGCCCGUCUGGAGGAGGACAGCGUCUGCCAAAGACUACCUUUGACCUCCUUUCUAAUCCUCCCAUUCCAGAGGAUAACUCGUCUUAAGAUGCUGGUGGAGAACAUCUUAAAGAGGACUACACCAGGCUCCAGAGAUGAGGACACAGCGACCAAGGCUUUCAAUGAGCUAAAAAAGAUCAUUAAGGAGUGCAACUCCAGUGUGCAGUCCAUGAAGAGGAUGGAGGAACUCAUCCACCUCAAUAAGAAAAUUCAUUUUGAGGGCAAGAUCUUUCCUCUGAUUUCUCAAUCCCGCUGGCUGGUGAAGCACGGUGAACUUCUCGAGGUGGACACGCAGACCAUGAGUAUUUCUGGAUCCAAGUUCAAGUUGCCCACCAAGCCAGUGUAUUUGCACUUGUUCAAUGACUGCCUUCUGCUCUCCAGGAGGAAAGACACAUGGAGGUUCUUGGUAUUUGUCCACGCCAAAAUAGGUGAGCUAAAAGUGAAGGAUUUGAGUCAGAAGCUGAAGGGAAUCUCAGGCUUCAUCUUCCACCUUCAGUUAUGUGAAGGACAGCAGCUCAAACAUCAGAUUCUGCUCAAAUCACACACUGAGAGCGGGAAGCAACGAUGGAUUGCAGCAAUGUUUCCCUCUAAUCCUCAAGAAGACAUCGAGCAAGCAAGCGAGAACUAUGACAUGUCUCAGGUACAAUGCAUUCGAAGCUAUCAGGCACAAGAACAUGAUGAGUUAACACUGGAAAAGGCAGACAUUCUUCACGCCAAGACUAUCACGAGUGACGGUUGGGUGGAAGGCAUCCGGCUAUCUGACGGAGAAUGGGGCUGGUUCCCCAAAUCCUAUGUAGAGGAAAUCACGAGUCGCAGCGCACGUCUCCGUAACCUUCGAGAAAAUAUUCGCAUCAAAUGUGUCACGCAAAAACUGGAAGGAGAAGACUAGCCAAUUAUUAAACAUUGCUAACUAUUGGCCAUUGGGGGUCGGGGGGGCUUGUGCGAGUGUUCUCCGGUUGCAUGCUGUAUAUACAUUUCUGAAAUUACUAAUGUAACAAAGCUCUUAACACUUCCUAGAACAUGAUACUUUGUGAUAAAUCAUUGUGUGCAGGUACAUUGUAAAAAAUACAACUUCCAAUAAUGCUAACUUAAAAUUUUAAGUAAGCACACCUUCACUUUUUGUCUGUGAUUUGUUCAUUUUUAUUAUUUGAACUCAUCUUUGUUCACUUGAUGAGUUUUGCUAACUUGAAUUAUAAAAAUUUUGUUGUUCUCAGUAAGCAGAACUGGAAAAGUUAAGCUGCACUGACAUGGGACUUUAAAUUCAUCUUACUUAAGAUUUGGAUUUGUGCUUAUUUGGAAUGUUAAGUUGCGUGAACUUAGCCCUAGCCUUACUCCUUUUGCCUUUGGCAAUAACUUACCUGAUAACUGUGGAGCUCACUUUCAUCAGCUUUGUGCUGCCUUUGGAGAGA